AUGGACAUCCAGCGCCGAUUUCCUGGUGUGCACUGGAUUUGGGGUGGAGCAAUUUCGUUCGUUUACGAGGUCCAUCCUUCUAUCGUCGUCAAAGUCCCAAAAUCCGGAGAGUUUGAGCGUCAACAAUUCCAGAAAGAGCUCGAAAUCUAUCGGAUGUUCACUCAAAACCCACUUUGUCCUUCAAUUGUACAGUGCUUUCUGCUUUCAGACAGUGGCAUCUUCCUGGAGUAUAUGCGAGAUGCAUCACUUUCGUCUAGAAUACAAAACAACCACACCCGCGAUCAGCAGACCAUGGUAGUCACUACGGUGCACAGAUUAGAGCCUCUAUCCCUACGAAAAGAAUGGAUGAACGACCUCGCUCAAGCCGUUGCUUUUCUAGAAUCUCUUAACCUUGCCCACGGCGAUUUACGCCCCGAGAAUAUCCUUCUUGAUCGCGACCGACUCAAGCUGUCUGACUUUGACUGUACGGCGGCGAUUGGAACAGCCUACGAAGCCUGCAUGGCUCCGUACGGCAGAAUACUUAACGGCAAUGAGCCAGACCAAGGAGAGUGUGGAACUUCCGGCUUUAUGGGUCCUCGCACAGAACAGUUCGCUUUAGGAUCUUUGUACUACCUGAUAAACUACGGUUUCGAGGUUUAUGGAGACCGCUGCCUUACGGAGAAUCCUUACGACCACGGCCCCAAAGUGGUGGACUUGCUGCAGAAUAUGGAGUUUCCGAAAUUGAAUGCUGAUCCCUUGCUUGACAGUAUCAUUGAUAGAUGCUGGCAUAACAAGUACGGCACAAUCAAGGAGUUGGCGACGCAUACGAAAACGCUGUUGAGCGACAAAACAGUUGUGAUGGAAAGCAACGGAGGUGGAAAGAAUGAGAAUGUUCAAAUAGCACCCGUCAUCCAAGCAUCGUUCAUCGAUCGGUGGUGCAUUAUAACGAGUCGCAUAUUUCAAGGGAUACUUCAUAGCCUCGGGGUGUGGUGGAGAUCGCUCCUAGAGAGCAUCCGCGGCAAAGCAUCAAUCGCCGGGCAAGGCUACAGCAACACCUGUGAAGAAGUGAAUAAGAACCGCUUAGAACAGUAAGUUUUGUGGAAAAAGUCAUUCUGCCAGGAUUUAGUGGAGCGUGGACUUCUUCGGGAGCUUUCUUCAGAUGAGCCUGAGCGACUUGGUUUCGCUUUCGAUUGGUACAGGUACAGUCUUCAGUGUGAAUAGAUAAGG